CCUGGAUAUUGUGUUCCGCAGUGAGAACCAUCUCAGCUGGGCGGCAGGAUUAGGUUUUGCUUCUACAGAAUUCCUCUUCUAGCGAUCCUUUUCGAACCCAACUGAUCAUCUUGCUUACUCAAGAGAAGACAUGCCAUAUAUAAAGAGAAAGAGUUUACCAAAGCAUCUAAAGACUUCACCCUGCUGGAUCUGAUGAUAUAAGGGAAUCAGAUACACAAAUUGAGACAAACUUCUAAACAGAGGCUUAAUAUCACCACUCAGUCAACCAGAAUGCAUCUAAACCAAUAAACAAACAAAAAAAAAAACAUUCAUGAAGUCUAACCGAGAAUCAUUUGCGUUCAGUUUUCAAUCAAUAACUUUGCACUUUGCACUUGCACUUGAACAAACAUGUUCCUGUUAAGGAUCAUUUUGUUUAUCGCUGCUAUAUUGGCUCUGAACUUUGAACUGAGUUUCUGCACCUGUGCUCGUGCUGAAUAUGAGAUACAAGGAGAAUGUUGUCCUAUGUGUGCUCCGGGAAACUUUGUUUAUUGGCACUGCACUGUGGAUGCCAGUACAACUUGUGUUCCAUGUCCUGAAUCAUCUUAUACAGACGAGCCCAAUGGCCUUAUAAAAUGCUUUACCUGCUCUAUGUGUGAUGCAGUUAAAGGACUAAGAGUAAAGAAGACUUGCAGACGCACUGCAGAUACAAUCUGUGAGCCACAGGAGGGAUUUUACUGCACUGACCAAAAUAAGCACAGCUGUACAUUAGCUGAGAAACACACAAAAUGUAACCCUGGGCAAUAUAUUAAACAAACAGGAACAGAAUUUACUGACACUAUAUGUGCAAACUGCACAUACGGCACUUACUCAUCCGAUGUUGAAUGUGGGGAAUCUACUCCAGUUGCUCUUAUAGUUGUAGUUGGAGUCGUUUUAUGUUCUUUGAUGGUUGCUGUUACAGCUUUAUUAUUAUACUACUUCAAAGUAAGACGGAAACAACUAGACAGAAAUCCUGGUGGUUAUUCCUUACAACCAUUGAGUGACGUGACUUAGAACCACCACCAUAUUAGGGAUUUUGCUGCAAUGGACUGUUAAGACAGCUUAGAGGAAAAUUGGUGUACCUCUGCCCAACCUCAAUACUUGUACCAGAGAUGGGGACUCGAGUUCGAGACUCGGACUCGAGUGCGACUUAAGUCGCACACACAGUGGCCGUUUCAAGGCAAUGUCAAGGAAGGAUCCUCGGAAGCCAGAAUUUUGAGGAUGCUACGUCUUUGACAUCCGUCGAAGGGCUGUUCCAUUGUCGAGGAUACUCGCAAUUGCAACCAAGGAAAGAAUUUCUUCGUUCAAGAAAUAUCCCAGUAAAGGAUGCAUAUGUGUAUCCUUCACGCUCUUCGCUCGGUGAAAUCACCCACAAUCCUACAAUCCUAUGCCCGUAGGGACGAAAGCACACAUUUUCAUUGACGUAAUGACGCAAUGACGUGCACUUGCUUGCCUCUUCCAUUUACAUUUU